AUGCCUGAUCCCAUGGAUCCCGAGUCGUCCGACAGCGAUGUCUCGGUAGGCGGUGGGGAUGAAUACAGGCUCGCCAGUCCCCUGACAGCGCCGAUUCCUCUGCCUCCUCCGGCGUCCAAGCACGCUCUGGAAUCACCGGACGCGGUCCAGGCGCGGCUUGACGAGCUGCAGCGCGUCGAGGACCACAACGUCAAGAAGUAUGACCUCCUCAGAGCCAAGCGCAGUCGCAAGGAUGAGAAAAUCCGCCGCCGUCGUGAAUUUCAAGACCAGAAAUGGGCUGCUAUCAUCGAGGCACGUCGACGUAGAGACGCCAGAAUCGAAGCCCGACGUCGGAGAGAAGAUGCUGCUUUCUCCCAAUUUGAUCAUGAGCUAGAAGAGGAAGAGGGCAAUCUUCGACGUCGUCUGAAGCGGCUCAAACGAGGAUUGCCGCCCGAUGAGUCUCCAAAGCCAGGCGGCCGAAGUAUUUCUUCAUCGUCAAUGUCUCCGCCAGGACCGGCGCUCUCAACACUACCACCUCCCCCGAAACGUCAUCAGGUUGGGCCCCCUGGCCAGCCGGAUGCCAUCAAUCCAUCUCAGUCGAGGCCUUCACCGCAACCCAGCUUCCCUAUCUCGACCAAAGGCCCGUUGCCGCCGCCUGCACCGGCUCCGUCUUAUUCCUUUGCUCGGGAUUACAGCUCCUCAUAUCCACGGCCAUACCACCACUCAUCCUAUUCCACUACCCCGACCAAUGCUUCUCCGACGGUAGCCAACAAUGGGCCGGGCCAUCUUCCACAGCCAUCUUCUGAUCGGAUACAAUUCAGCCAUCUAGGCCGGCCAGCCUCUCCUCUUUCGAGAGCAUUUCCCAGUACGGUCCCCAGUAACCAAUCACCUGUAACUCCAGCAGUAAACCCCAACCCUCCCAGGCAAAUAUACGAUACCCGACCACCACCACCCACCACCGCCUCAUCUGGCUUUGCUUCCGUCAACGCCCCACCGCCACCCCCGCCUGCCUCGGGGUUCGCCACCAUUAAUGCUAGGACGACCGAUACGCCGCCAGCCUCCCAUGUCCCUCUGACUAGGCCACCGAACGAUGGGGACGGCAACAGAACGCCGAGUCAAACGAACAACGUGAUGGAGAACAAUCGCUUCCACCCGUACCCAGGAGCGAUGGGUAGCGCCGCUGUCACCCCUACUAGUGGGACCAGCACGAAACGGACCCCUUCGACCACCCAUCCGUACCAGAUGUCCGAGGCGUUCGCAAAUCGUCACCAUCACUGUGAAAGGGUGGACGGCCUCAACCGUGGCAUCUGGACGUCUUAUGGCAUCGGAGGGACCGCUGACAACCCCACAGGCCCUGCAGUUGAGAUGUACUUGCGGUGCAAUCACGAUGGCUGUGCUCGCAUCGACUGGCGUACAGUGCACGGUCUUCAAUGCCAUAUUGUGAAGAAUCACGAGCAACCAAAGGGCACGAUCGGUAGCCUUGAGAAGGCGCUCGAGAGAUAUGGCGUCCCCGUGAGAGAGGUCGAAGACUUCGAACGUGAGCACGGAAAAGGCGCGGCCGGGACCAUGGCAGAUCCGAAGAACCUAAAAAUGAAGCUCAAGACUAAAAUCCAAGACUUCAGCAGACGGGGCACACCUGGUCCAUACGGAGUUGAUCCGGACGCGAGACCCGCCGGAUACAGACCGAGUCCAACCGCGACAGACGACAGCCCUACAAUGUCCGAUGGGGUCAAAAAGAGCCCGGACACCGCCACCACCAAUGGCCACUACACUGGUGCCUCGACCGAUGGCGCUGGAAGGCCAACAGCCCCUCAAACCGCGUCCACGCCCCCAGCGAACGGCUUUACUGCGAUCCGACCGAGCUGGAUGGGUGUUACUACCCCGUUAGCGAUGGCGGCCAAGGUGGAGCCAGAACCGAAGAGCCUACAGGGUGAUUUCGGCACGUCCGCCGCUGCAAAGGAUGAACAGGCACAGGGUCCGCAGACGGGUGUCACGAAUGGAGGGAAUUUUUCCACCCCACCGACAACUGUCGCCACUACCUCUCCCCGACCAGAAGGCCCGGCGACGGCAACAACUGAUGGUACGGUAUCCGCGGUCACCAAUCCCAACCCACCUGUACCUGUUGCAGCGCCAGAGCAGGUCACCCCUCUGGAUGAGCCACAAGCCCGUCCUGCCAAUGACGAGGAUAAAAAGGAGUUUGGUGACCCGCCCCCCAUUCAAGAGCCAGUUCAGCCCAAGACAAAGGAUGGAGACGUGGAGAUGAACGGAGUGGACGAGCAUAGCGAGGAGAAAGAAGAAAAGAAUGGCCUCAACGGCGAGGUCAAAACGGAGGACAAGUCCGAAGCCGGCAAGGUUGCGCAGCCUGAGGAGAAUCCAGAGAGCCGACCCGACACGAUUGAGAUUGACAUGAAUGCCGGCAAAGACACCAGCGGGCCAACCACAAGACGAUCCGUCAUGCAGUCUCCGUCCAUCACCACGAGAUCACUCGCUGCAACCACUCCUGGCAGUGGAAGACGACCCAGUCGGCGCUCCAGUGCGGCACGGAAAUCUGUGGAUGUUGAGGGCGACGCUGGCAAGGCUGCACCUACCAGUGAGGAUGGCGACAAGGAUGAUAAAGAUAGCAAGGAGGAGAAAACCGAAAAGCAAGAACCGCGACGAUCACUGACUGGACGUGUGCUCCGACGGGGGACGAGGUACUAG